AGAUCCAAAACAAUAUCUCUAUCGGAAGAGAAGUAAGUGAGAAAUCUGAAGAAGAAAUGUGAUUUUUAUCGAUGUUUUUCAAACAUUUCGACGUGGAAUAACGCAUAGGUCAGAAGAGUAUUUACUGUAUCACUGUUUAAUAUAGUUUUCCACUGUCAAAUAUCUGCGAGGAGAGUGGAAUAUUACUGAAAACACGGAGAGAAUUGAAACCCAGCUGCUGAGCUGCCUUUGUUGAAGGGAAAGUUAGAGAGCGGAGGAGAUCUACAUCUACUGAGCUCAGCUCAGCAGUGUCAAGCUAGUACAGUGCUCGUGCCUGGAAAGAAUGACAAUCUACCUGCUAUUGAAACCUGCAUGAAAUAUUUAGAGGCAUAACAAUCUAAACGCAAAUUUUAUGCAAGAAAUGAAGAAUGCUAAUGUGUGAAAGACCUACAGAUAAGGACAUUGCUUGGCUUAAUUGCUGGUUCUGAUUCAAGAAAAAUAAGGCCAGAAGGUGUGAAGGGAGAGGACGAUUGGUUCUCCUAUUGACUGUUUUGCUGGGAGUAUUUUUUGCUGAAUGAGUUUCAAUGUGAGGGCUGGAACACACAAGUCAGAGGACGCAGAGAAUAGUGUAACCAUGGAGAUGUAUGAUGACUAUGGCCAGACAGACAUUUUCAGCAACCUGACAAAUCCUGAGCAUGCUCUUCAAUCACCCAAUGCCCUCCUGCUCUCGACCUCACAAAAUAUCUACAUGUAUGAGCAGGAUUGCAAUCCAUCCAGUACUAAACAGGAGUCUGUGCCAGGAAAAGCUAGUUGCGUAGGUCUCAGUGAUAAUGUCUUUGAGUUUCCGAACCCGGAGGAGAUGGCACAGCUGGGAUGCAGUCCGGUGGUGGAUAACUGUUGGCCUGACACCCCCCUCCUAGCCGGGUCCCUUGAUGGCUCCCUCAAUGAGAGUGGAGUGUGCUUCAGCUGGGACCUGAGUGACGAUGACCAGGAAGGACUGUUCCCUGUUGAUGCCAGUCCAUUCUGUUCUGCACCAACAUUGGCGGAAUUGAACCUUGAGGAUACACAGUCUGUUGACAAUGGUGUGAUUGGGAAGAAGAAGGCAGAGGAUCAGUCCUUGACAUCGAUGAUGCCACUAGGCCAGCAAGAGAUGUCUUUGUCACCGCAGAGCUGGAAACGAGUCAAGACAGAGGCUGUAGAGUUGGCUAGUGUAGAUAAGAGGACAAAGACAUCAGAUGUACCUAAGCUGAGCAGUUCAAGACCAGGCUCAUCUAGGAAAUCCUCCAAAACAAAGUCAUCAAAACCUCUUACGCCAAAGAACGGCAGGACACACGAGAGCUCUAAAACAUCUGCAGAUGCGAAAAAGUCUGCUUUAUCAUUCAGGAAAGUGCAUCCAUCUAAGAUAGAUUUCACAGAGUUAUUCUGGAAGCGUUAUAGGAGCAGAGAAUCAAUUCCGUCCCCUACCAAAGAGAUGUCUCGCAGUGAACUGAUUGCCAGGACUCCAAACCCAUUUGGUAAUAGGAGAUUCCUGGGAAGGAAUGCAUUGCUGAAAGUCAAAACACAGUCAUCUCCCAAGGUGGCUCAGACGCCGAAAACAGUUGGAAGAACAGUCAAGCCCAAAGCAAAUCACAGGGUCAGAACUAAGAAACCUAGUACUGUGGCCCAGAAAAAGAAGAAAAACAAGCCUCUAGCCCUUGUCACUUCAGAAGAUUCGAGCCAGGAUAGGCUUUGGAAUGAUCUGAAGGUAUUCAUGUAUGGUGAUGAGGAUCGAUCUUCAAAGAACAAGAUGAUUGCUCCUCAUAGGACUCUACUGCCUGAGCUUGAUUUGAAAUCAGAGUCGAGUAAAUCACCUCGGACUAACAUGAGCAGUGACCCAGACUCCCAUGACGAGGGUCUUGGCAGUGAGAAUGAGGAUCAUGAUGACUUCGUGAGCGAUGAUUCUGACGACGAUGACGAUGAUGACAUCCAAGAUGAUGCAAGUGAUUUGUCUGAUGAUCCUGGGCUACCAUCGACAAGCACGAAGCACUCCUCGGGAAAGGAUUCCACCGGUUCUUUGGCAACCAGACGUAGAAGGGUCAAGACACGACGCAGCGAGUACGACGACUUCACCCCUAACCCUCGCAAGCUCCUGAACAUUGGCCAUGAACUCAACAAGCUGAACCUAACGAUCAGCUCGCUUUGUCCAGGUAAUGAAGCAUCAAAUGAUGAGAAGAAUCAGACUAGAAGGGAGAAAAACAAGCUAGCGUCAAGGGCAUGCAGACUCAAGAAGAAAGCCCAGCAUGAAGCUAACAAGGUCAAACAUUGGGGGCUUGUUGAGGAAGCAAAACAACUAAAGCUCGUUCUUGGGAGCAUGAGAAAGGAAAUGAUCACCCGUCUUGAUAGGCCCAAAGCAUCAUGGGAUUACAGCCUUGGGGCCAAACUUGAUCAUCUAAUCAAGAAUUCUCUUGGUCAUAUGGUAGCCGGUCAUACUUCUGAGUUUGUCAAUUCAGUCUUGGAGAAAACAGCCAAGGGAAUCCCCCUCUCCAAUCUCAGGCCAAAACUAUCCUGAAUAUCAAGAUGAACUUUGACCCCCAAGCUGAACUGUGACCCCUUUUACCCUUCCAGAGGGAGUUAUUGCAGGAUGCUAAUCAAUGAGGAUCUGUGUCGUGAUUCAAGCAGCAGAAGCAUUUUCAACACAAGCUGGAAAGUCAGAAUAGUGGAUGGUUGAAACCUUUAUGGAAGCAUUAUAGUUAAAUGUAAUUUUUGUUCUACGAGAAGAGGAAUUAUUAUUGUUAUUAUUAUGUCAAUUGGAGCAGAGAGAUAUUGUCAGAUUUUCAUGAUAUCUUUUUAAUCCAUAAAUGUUUUCCCCCUAUAACAUAAGAAGUACAUUUCAAAGUACAUUUGUAUUUACGGUACAUGCAGUGGAGCUGCUGUAAUAGAUGUUAUGUCUUGUAAGUUCAGAAAUCACUAGUGAAAUACAUAAAUGUAUGCCCCUUGAAUAGCCUCCAUUAAUCAUCCUGCAGAAGCUUUUGAAUUGACGGAUAUUACCCCAGCAGUAUAUAUCACAUCGGUUUGUAAAGAUCACAUCCAUGUACAGAUGUUGAAACAAAUAAUGAUUAAGACUCAUCUUACUGAGUGAGUGAGAAUUUAAACGUGAUAUAAUAAACAAGUACUACAUAAUUUUUGUUUGGAUAUUUUUCAUUGUAAAUCUUAUUACUAAAAUUGUGUGCAUUUUGUGUAUGACAGAUGCCUGCCAUAUAAGGAGGCAUGUCACAUGUGAAUAUUAAUCAGAUUAAGCGUUAAUUAGUUGUAUGUGUCCAAUUAGUGCAGUGUUGUUUUUCCCAUGUAGAUACCUUUGCCUCAGUCUUGAUCAUUAAUUAUUCCUAGCACAUGUCUAUGGUGAAUUGGAAUGCUUUGUGUGAGUGGGAUGGCUGUAUUUAAUCAUGGCAGAGUGCUCUUUUCAAGCCCUCUGCCUUCAGUGCAUACUACAAGACUAGUAUUUAAAGUACAUGCCUGCAAUGCAUUGUGGGAUAGGAUCAGAUAAAAGGGGGAACACAAGCCAUGUGUAUAGGGUUUCCUAUCUCGUCUGAAAUUAAGCUAAACUGUCAAGUGUACUAUAUAUAUAUGCUCUGGUGGAAUGACUUUUUAAAGUCUGAUCUUCUUAUCCGUCUCAUAGUGCUUUGCCCUUAACAUGAUAUUAACUAUAUCCUGUGUGUUAGUUAGUAACUAACAAACCCUAUAUCAUUGUAUUCUACCCCUAAUCCCUCUGCAGAAGAUUUAAUCAUGAUCAAUUUGCAUGUAGUGUCCUAGUGAUACGGGAGUGCCAGUUUAGAAACUCUCUAGACGAUAUUUUUCUGCCUCAGUAACGUCUCUAGAUUAGAAAUUUGAUAAUCUGUUUUUUGAUCAAGUCCUUAUAUAUAUAUCUUGCUUACUCAUUCAUGAGGGCCUAUGGAAAUUGUGCUCCUAUGGAAUCUUUGGUAAAAAAGCUUUAAAAACCAUUUGUAGCCAGGAAAUGAUUCGAGUCUAUAUAUGAUUCAGGAUAUAAUAUACUAAUACAAUAUAAUAAUAAAGUUGAUAAUGUAUUCUUGUUAAAACGUAAUAGUGCCUUAGAAUCUAGGAGUAUGUGAAUAUCAUGUUUUUGAUCAAUAAUAUUUUUCCUACAGUUAGGGUUAAUAAUCCUUUUGAGUAAUGGGUAAAAUUCAACUGUGUACUAGCUUAGUAUUAACAAAUCUAUAAUUUUUGGUUAAAAGGGGUUGAAUUCAGAUUAAAUUUUGUUGAAUGAUUUUGAGGUGGUAACAUAGAAGUUCUGAGACUAGUAGUGAGUGGGUUAAGUAUCCUUCCUUUCAAGGAAUGUGAUUGUACAAGCUGAGUGGGACAUAUGGUAUUUUUUUUUAAAGCAAUACGUAAAACCAACGGGUGUAUCAGGAGAGUUGAUUUAAGCUGUUUAACGAGCCGGGGUAGUAAUGGAAGCAUAGAAUCAGAAAAUAUUUUGUCAGUAUAUAGCCAUUACUAAAAAUAUUUAAGGAAAUGUACAAUAUAGAAGAAAGAAGUCUUUUGAUAUUUAUAAAUAUGUAGAUUAUUUGUUUUAUUAUAUGUCAUGAACAUAUUUCAGUAUUUCCUCCAUUACUGCUGGCAGUGAAUGUGUAUUGUAAUCUUUGCCAUUAAACACAUAUAAAUUGGUGCUAACAAAAUAUUCUUCUAACUGGUUAAUGAUAAUGCAUGAUUAAAAAAAAAUUGUAAGGAUAUCUUGGAUGUCAAGUUUCUGUAGUGAUAUGUACAGAUUUGGUGUGACUUGUAGUGUAUUUUUUAUGUAUUGUGUCUUUUUGAAAUCUUAUAGUUUUUCUUUUCCUCUUGUGGAAUAUGUUAGAUAAGUGAAAGGUUGUUUGUUUUCAAUUUUCCCACUCUGAAAUGUCUUUUAAUGGUCUCACCUAUUCUGAUGUACACGAAUAUGAUUUGAAAUGGAUGUAUUUGGUGAAAAUUAACAUCCUGUUAAAAAUUAAGAAUUAUGAACAUAAUAGCUACUGCUGUUUAAUGCAAAUUGAGAAAAGCUCAUCUGAUAGAAUAGCUGGUUAAGAUUCAUUUUUGUCCUUCAAUGAAGAAUCGAUUUGUAAAGAAGAGUUUAAACUGGGAGACCAUUCUAUAAGUUUUGCACAUGCUAAGUGUGGUAAUCCUACUCGAUAUAAAAAAAAACAAAAUAAUGAAAAUCAUAGGCCUACAGUCAAAAGUGCUUUGUCAGAAUGUGUAUUCCAGGAUUGAGUAGUAAACAUAUUUUGAUGUAACAUUCAGUAUAACCUCGAACUCACACAUCUGCACAUUAUGUAGUAUUAUACAAGGUGAGUGAACAUGAAGUUGGACUGGUGAUAAACAGUGUUCACAUUUACAUGUAUGGCUAAUAAAGCUAAUAUUUUAUAUCACAGUUUGAUGUUAGGAUGGUUGGAGUUAUUAUACUACACAGUGAACUAGUAGUGUUUCUGUUGAUUAUAUAAUAUGUUACAUGUCAUGAUCCAUCAAAAUCCUCAAAAGUUGUAAAAUUCAUACCCCCCUUGAAGUUCUGUACCCAAAAUGAACUUGGAACUCAGAUUGCUGACUCCAUUUACUGUUUCAAAUGUAGUGAGGUGUUAUGUUCAGGUUAAGUGUAUUCAAGCUUUGUUGAAUUUUUUCUCAUGAAAUCCAGAGAAUUUGAUCAAGAGUUUUACUGUGUUACAUGCUCCAGUUUACUCUGAAUGUGUAUCAUAUUCAUCUUCAUUUGGUAUAUUCAUAUCGUUUUUUUUUUGUUUGUUUUUUUUCCCUGUUUUUGAUGUUGUGAUUUUCCUCAGUGAUGUAAUUGUUUAGGUAUGGUAUUGAAGUAUAGUUUCUAUUUUGUUGUUUUUGUUAGAUGUAAUGAAUAUUGUGUAUUUGAGUUAUGUAAGGAAAUUCUAAAAAAAAUAAUACACCCUUGUAUAAUCUAGAAUCAUUUACUGAUUGGUUGGCAGUAAAAAUACAUGUGUAUACAUUUGUAUGAGUGCUCAAUUGAAAGUUUGUUAUUUGGAUACGGGGUGGGAGGUGGCGUGGCCGGGGGUAUUAUUAAAAUUUUGUAUUAUAUUCAUUCUAAUCUAAACUGCAACAGUCAUAGAAUUCAUUGCAUCAUUUAUAGUUCAAAGCUGGAAUUUGUUUGCAUGCGAUAAGAAUCUGAUCAUGUUUCAGUAUUCUGUAGUCAAUUUCUGCAUGAUAAAUACUAUUGGUAAUCCAUGAACUACCGGUACCGUAUAUACUAAAAUCUAAAGAUAUAGCCUCACUCUGAGUGAGAGAAAUAACAGGUAUUGUUUGCUUUUUAAUGAAAAUAUCUCAGCCAAAGUCUAUGUACAUGCAGGCAUUUUCAUUUAUGGUCAGCUAAAUAGCAAAUCGUUGGUUAUAAUUCAAAGUAAUGCCUUUGGCGAAAAAACUUCAUGAUAUUUCUUAAACCUAACCAGUUACUGCAUGUAAUUCUCACCAAGACUUAAAUUAUGUCAAUUAUUCAUUAGAAGUGAUUGGUGCUUCUCAUAUACCAGGCACUCACCAAAAAGAGCUUUUUCAAUUUCGUUGCAUAAAAAAAUGACUGUAUCAUAUUUGAUGUGGGGAUACUUUUUUCCAUCAUAACAAUUUAUUCAUCCAGAUAUAUAUUCCAUGGAUGGUUUUAUUCAUUUAUUCAUUAAAUUAUUUUGAGGUUUAAUCUAUGUAUUGACAAGGCAUAAUAGAUAAAACACAUUAAUGCCUCCCGCUGUGGAAUUCAUCGUGUUAGGGUGCAGGUGAUAGUAUUUUCAAUGUGUGUGACAGAUCUUUACCAUGAUGUAAAUAGUAAAAAAUAUUACACUCUUCGCUAGAGUAAGCUCAGGACCCAACCGUGUACAAAACCUAAUAGGGUUGAAUUAAACAUAUAAAUAUGUGAUAAAGCUAUAUAUAGAUAUAUAAAUAUAAACAAAGUGUACAUAAUAUAUAUUUCACUAUAUAUUUCAUGUUCAGUUCAAUAUUCAUGAUCCUAAUGGCAAAAAUUAAAAUUCAUUUGGUUGCUGCACCAGA